AUGCUCAGCGACAGUAGUAGCGAUGAUACCACACUCUUGGGUCGCCAGAGUAUCCGAAAGGCAGAGAAAGAGGACCUCUCACAGUUUGAGGUCAGGUUUGCACCUGAGGACCCCGAUAGUCCCUUGAACUGGUCCCGAGCGAAAAGGUGGUACAUCACAUCCGUGGCUGGUCUCUUGGCCUUCAAUGUAACGUUUGCAAGCUCUAUACCUGCAGGCGUUGUCCCUCAGAUGAUGACGCAGUUCGGCUUCGGUCGCGAGGUCGCGACUCUUACGAUUGCGCUGUUCGUCGCGGGCUACUCCGUGGGCCCGCUGCUCUGGGGACCGCUAUCCGAGCAGUUCGGACGCAAGGGCCCGCUCGUGCUUACUUUCAUCGCGUACACCGGAUUUUCCGUGGGCUGUGCGCUCUCACCAAAUACGGCCAGCAUUCUCAUCUUCCGCUUCCUCAGCGGCACCUUUGCAGCAUCUGGUCUCGUCAUCACCGGCGCGCUGACGUCUGACAUUUGGGACGCGAAGACUCGGGGGAAGGCCUUCUCUGUCUACACCCUGACCCCAUUUGCUGGGCCGUCGGUAGCACCUACAAUCAGCGGCUUCAUUGCAGUGUCAGGGACCUCUUGGAGAUGGGUUUACUGGGUCACCACCAUCUUUGCCGGUGCAUGUGCCGUGCUCAUUAUAAUUACCAUACCAGAGACAUACAGUCCUAUCCUGCUGGCGCGAAAGGCAAAGAAACUACGCAAGAAUACCGGUGACGACCGCUACUGGGCUCCACUGAACAAGAAGAGUACAUCCCUGAAGUUAUCGGUACAGAAAGUCGUUGGCACGCCUUUUGCACUGUUGUACAGAGAGCCCAUGCUUGUUGCUCUCACGUUCUACAUGAGUUUCGUCUACGGAGUUAUCUACCUCCUCUUUGAGGCUUACCCGAUCGUCUUCACCAUCGGACAUCAUAUGAACGCGGGUAUUACAGGGCUCAUGUACCUCCCCAUCUUCGUCGGGUGCUCCUUAGGCGUUAUCGGCUACUUGUUGCUGUGGAACCCGCGCUACGAGCGACUCAUGCAGCAGCACGCCCCAAACCCCGUCCCGCCCGAGUACCGCCUGGAGCAGGCGAUGUGGGCUGGACCGCUCUUCGCGGUGUCCUUCUUCUGGUUCGGCUGGACGUCGUACCCACACGUGUCCUUCUGGGCACCAAUGCUCGCGGGCGGGCUGCUCGGCUUCAGCAUCGUCUGGAUCUUCCUCGCGCUCUACAGCUACAUCAUCGACAGCUAUCUUUUCUUCGCAGCCUCCGCGCUCGCAGCUAAUACUGUCGUUCGCUCAUUCUUCGGCGCGGGUUUCCCGCUCUUCGCGGCGCAGAUGUAUGACACCCUUGACCCCCGCUGGGCGUCGAGCCUCCUCGGCUUCCUCGCCCUCGUCAUGAUGCCUAUUCCGCUCGUGCUCUUCAAGUUCGGUCCUGCGCUGCGCGAACGGUCGAGAUAUGCACUAGAGCGGCCGGCGGUGACCACGAACCCAACGACAGGAGCCAAGGCUGUUUAAGCCAGACU